AUGGCAGAUCCACUAACAGCUAUUGGGGCUGUCUCGGCCGUCGUACAGCUUAUCGGCGGAGUCGCGUCCGGGCUGCGGACGCUGAAAGAUGCUGUCGUGGCCAUCAAGGAUGCACAGAAGGCCGUCGAGCGGCUGGAGAAGAACAUCCUGCAUCUUGGCCAAUGCCUCAAAAUGCUUGAGCAAUACUUCCAACAAAGACCACCCAAAAUACCCUACGAGGCACAGCUCUAUGAAGUCAUCCAAGGAAUUGCUACAAGCUGCACCGCGCCAUUGAACAUACUCAAAGAAAAGACACCAAAGCGCGUAUCGAAGAAGAAUGCGGCCACGGCGUUCCAUUUCUGGCUAAACGACAGCUCCAUCACCCAGGCAAAACUUCAGAUCGAUGAGUAUAUACCGUACAUGAAUCUUCUUAUGCAGACACUCAAUCUGACCUUCGCCAACGAUGCCACUGCAUUUGUCGUCCAGUCCGUCAGCACGACAACAGCUACGUCAUCGAGGUAUAUGUCGGCAUUGAGACCUGGGGAUGCACCUGCAGUCAGCGGCACAGCACAGGUGCCACCCUUUCCAAAGGCACGAGAACAGCUCGAUGCCGAAUGGGAACAGAACAGGAAAGACCUGGAACGUCUAGUAGGGUAUGGUCUCUACGAGAAUGCAGAGAAGCUCCAGCGAAGGGCACUGUUGAUCAAGGAGGAGCUAAACAGCCAAUACGGAAUCCCAUUCAAGAAGGAAGAACGAGACGAAAUGGAAGAAAGAUUGGCUGAUAUUCUUAUCGAGUGCAAAGUUGAAGGGUCUACGGAGAAGGCGGUCUCUCUCAUCGAGAACAUCAUUGGGGAGAAUCCCAAAGGCAGUGCCACAGGGAGCAGCAACAACCGGCUCACCUUGCCCUGGUCGUCGACAUCCGAUCAAAACGAUCAAAAGAAACUGAACCUUCACUACAAGCUGGGGGGGCUGUACAAGGAGACUGGUCAGAUGGACCUUGCUGAGAGGGAGCUGAGGACAGCAUUCAAUGCAUACGCAUAUUCCGAGGAGUCCCCCCAAGAUAUUCCAAAAAUACGUCAGGCCGGGGAAGAGCUUUCAGAAUUGUACGAAUGCCGAGUCGAGUUUGGCGACAGGGAGCACCGGUCCGUUUUCUUGUCCCAACAAAAGGCAUUCGAACAAGAACUCCGCACCAUCCUGGGACGGCCCCUGGAACAUCGGCGGACAAUAUGUGACAAGGCCCUCGAGUGGUGUGAAAAGGAAGGCAUCAAUGUCUCCUUUGAGAACAGCGAGCCGCGGUUCGACAUCGUGGACGAGGACGGCUCGUCGCCACUGCAUCAUGCCGCAGAGAAGUGUGACGACGACCUGGCCCUGCAGCAGAUGAUGGAGAACUCUGAUACCCUCGAGAACCAAGAUCUUAACGGGGACACGCCGUUGCUAGUCGCCGUGGGGUACUCCAACACUGCAGCGCUUGCUGUUCUCCUACAGAAAGGGGCCAGCGUCAAAGUUAGGGAUCGCCAGCAACAGACGCCGCUUCAUAGGAGCCAGAAGCCAUCGGUCACAAAGUUCCUGCUGCACCAUAGGCUGCGGCGAGCAAGCACAAUGACAUCCGGCCUCUUCGACGAGGCGCGGAGGUUCUCCUCGUCGUCCACCUCCACCUUCACCACAUCACCCCCCAACUCGAUCGCAGACCAGGACCUCGACAUCGACGCACAGGACGCCCACAAGAAGACAGCGCUCUACCUCGCCUGCUCGCAGGGGCGCGAAAAGAUAGUGAGGCUGCUCCUCCUGGCCCGCGCGAACCCGAACAUCGCCGCCCACGAGUCCACCCCCCUCACGAUAACCAUCGAGUCGCAGGCGCGGUCGUACAUCAGGGACCCGAUGAAGAAGGUGGACAUCGUCGCGGCGCUCGUCAGCAGCGGCGCCGACCCCGAGCCGGGCAAGGGGCUGCUCCGGAAGCCCAGGGGCAUGCACAAGGAGAUCAGCAGGGCGCUCGAGGGCCGCGCCGGGUCGCAGCUCCUGCAGGGGUCGUCGGUGUCUGUGGACUGGGGCCCCGAGGCCCGCCGGGACAGCGGCUACCAGCCGUCUGUGUCGUCCUUCGCGAGCAAGCCCCAGCUGGAGCAUCUGGAAUUCGGGCCUCCUUUGACGUCAGAUUUCGGGACCCCGGGGGACGAGAAGCCAGAGGGCGGGGAGCCCGAGGAUGAAGAGGCGGGGAACGGGAAGCCGGAAGGUUGA